AUGAGGAAGGAUAAAGUGCGCGGGACAAAAGACGAACUGCGGGAUACCUACCAAAAGCGCCUGCGGAAAGCGCUCACCCGUCGGCGGAACGAGCUGUUCUCCCUGCACCGGUGCGGACCCAAGGCCACGAUGCUGAUCCCGCCCAUCACGCAGCUCCCGAUCUUCGUCGGGACGUCCAUGAUGCUCUCGCACACCGCACAGCCGCCGACCGUGUUCGACUCGGAGUCGUUCCUCACGCUCACGUCGCUCGCGCACGCCGACCCGACCGCGGCGCUGCCCAUCGCGCUCGGCCUCAUCACGCUCGCGAACGUCGAGUCCUCGCACUGGUUCGUCGACGCCGCCACGCGCGAGCGCCGGGCCGAGCAGGAGAAGGCCAACGCGGAGAAGAAGGCGCAAGGGCAAAUCGUCCUGGAGCCGCAGAAGAUCGUGCAGUCCGCGCUGCGGGUGCUGUCCGUGGGCCGUAUCCUGGUCGGGCUCGUGGUCCCCGGGGGCGUUAUGCUGUACUGGGUCUCCUCCGCGACGUUUGGGCUGCUCCAGUCGUGGGUGUUUGAUUGGUGGGAGAGGCACAGGGCGAGUGCGCAACGGCAGCGCGCGUCGGAGGCCAAGCCGGACGAUCCGCCCCCUUCUGUCAACGUCCGGAGGAAAACACGAUAA